AUGUCGCCCAGUGCACUCCCUGCCAAGAAGGCUUACAGUAUUGCCUCCAUGGGGGCUGAUGGUAUCGGCCCCGAGGUAAUUGACGCCGGCGUGGAGGUCCUCAAGGCCCUGUCCGAGACCCUAGGAACAUUCGAUCUCGACUUCACCGACUACGACUGGAGCUCCGAGACCUACAAGAAGACCGGCAAGUAUAUCCCGGACGGUGGUCUUGAGCAGCUCAAGAAGCAUGACGCCAUUCUCUUCGGUGCCGUUGGUGCUCCCGACGUCCCUGACCACAUCUCCCUUUGGGGUCUCCGCCUAGCCAUCUGCCAGCCCUUCCAGCAGUACGCCAACGUCCGUCCCACCCGUGUGCUCCGCGGAACCCAGUCUCCCCUCCGCAACUGCGGCGAGGGUGACCUUGACUGGGUUAUCAUCCGCGAGAACAGCGAGGGUGAGUAUGCUGGUCAGGGUGGUCGCUCCCAUCGUGGUCUUCCUUGGGAGACUGCCACCGAAACUGCCAUUUUCACCCGCCACGGUGUUGAGCGCAUUAUCCGGUUCGCCUUCGAGACGGCCCAGAGCCGUCCUCGCAAGUUGUUGACCUUUGUCACCAAGAGCAAUGCCCAGCGCAACGGCAUGGUCCUCUGGGAUGAGGUUGUCUACGACGUUGCCAAGGAAUUCCCCGACGUUACCCUUGACAAGAUGCUGGUCGAUGCCAUGACUACAAGAAUGGUUCUUAACCCCAAGAGCCUGGACACCAUUGUCGCAACUAACCUUCACGCUGAUAUCCUUUCCGACUUGGCUGCCGCUCUCGCUGGCUCCAUCGGUAUCGCCCCUACCUCAAACCUUGACCCUACCCGCAAGAAUCCUUCCAUGUUCGAGCCCAUCCACGGCUCUGCUUUUGACAUUACUGGAAAGGGCGUUGCCAACCCUGUCGCCACCUUCUGGACUGCUGCCGAGAUGCUCGCCUGGCUCGGCGAGAAGGAUGCCGCCAAUAAGCUGAUGGAGGUUGUUGAGAACGUCACUGGUAAGGGGAUCGUCACCGCCGACCUUGGCGGCAAGGCGACGACAAAGGAGGUUACCGCUGCCGUGGUGGCAGAGAUUAAGGAGCAGCUGGGCAAGAAGGCCUAA